CGAGCGGUUUCUGGAAGAGAGAGAAGAGUAAACUACUAAGGAGGAGCGCGUACUCCGCGCGAAAGUGGCGACCACAAAACUAAACAAAAGCAACCACCCCAGGAGACAAAAACCUCCUCCUCCUCCUCCUCGUCUUCUGCUACCUCGGGAAACCGCAGCGCGACCCCCCUCUCCCUCUUUCUCUCGUAAAGGACAAUUCAGAUUCUUCUUUUACGACGACGCUUCUGGGAUACUGCCGGUAAUGGGAGGCUGCUGUUGUUCAACUCGCAAAGCUCAUCUGAAUGGGGCACCUGUAUAUUAUUAUUAUCCUCCAUCUUUGGAAGAGCAUGAGUCCCUCACAUCGCAUGAUGCUACUGCUGCUGCCAUCACGUCAGGGUUUUUAGUUGAUUUGCAGUUAGAGGCAUCAAUACCAGAUAAUUUUCGUCCUCCACCACCACCUUUACCUUAUGACGCAGUUUUGGGAUCACUACCAAUAAGCACCGACUCUGUUAGAGAAUCAGUUUGCCUAGAUCACACGGAGCCAGACUGUAAAGCUCAGUCUACUGCUCCAUUAGGCUCUCCAAAAGCAAUUGAAGUUUCUAAAUCAAAUGACACUGAUGUUUCGGUAGCAGAUGAGGAGGAUGUUUGUCCCAUUUGUCUUGAAGAGUAUGACGAGGAUAAUCCAAGAUUCAUUACAAAAUGCGAACACCAUUUUCACCUCUCGUGCAUCCUGGAGUGGAUGGAAAGAAGUGAUGUCUGUCCCAUCUGUGAUAAGAUCAUGGAAUUCGACAAUUCCUUCGAUUUGUAGCUCUUCUUGCAAGCUGAAGUCAUGCGUGCGUUCGAUUGAGGUGGUUGACUUUACAUUUCCAAGGAAAAUUUUCUGGUUUUUGUUGAUGGUGGCUUCUUGUACAUAAUCUGUCUGGUUUAGAUGUUCAAAGGUUAUACAGGAAAUUCAGGUGGGGGUAAAGAAAAAGCUCGGUUUCCAUUAUCUCAAUUCUUUGUUAUAGGUCCAGUCUCCGGCCUCAAAUGGAUCUGCAUCUAUGAUUUUGCCCGAGUUUUUAAUUGAGGCGAAUAAUGAUCCUGGAGGAAAGGAGACCUGGAAUUGCCGAUUCAGCUGUUUUCAUUGUCCUUCAGCAAGAUUCAUCUUGUACAGUCUCUGUUUAUUUUGCUUCUUGUUUUGAGUUUUGAGUCCUGAAGGUAUCUAAAGCUACUCAUAUGGUGGCUCUUUCUUCUUCUUUU